GCCCAGCCAGCACCAUCGAUCGGAUCGUUCAAGCACACGUCGCCGCCAUGCUCUUCUACUCGUUCUUCAAGACCCUGGUUGGUCAGCCCGUGACGAUCGAGCUCAAGAACGACCUGCAGAUCCGAGGCGUUUUGGUCUCCGUCGACCAGUUCCUCAACAUCAAGCUCGACGACAUCAAGGUCAUUGACGAGCAAAAGUUCCCGCACAUGGCCUCCGUCCGAAACUGCUUCAUCCGCGGAUCGGUCGUGCGAUACGUGCAGCUUCCUUCUCCCUCAGUCGAUACCGCGCUUUUGCAGGACGCCACCCGACGAGAAGCAGUUCAGCCUCGAUAAGCACCGACGGCAUCCGGGACUUGUGCCUCUCCGUCCAUGCCGUUGGCCCUGCGCGGCCGCUUGUACACACCCAGCAAGGAGAGAAAGGAGGAACAGCGAUCCCUCGUCCUUUAUUCUUCAGUCGCCGCCUCGAGCAGUUCGAAGGAAGGACUAAACAAACUGCAGGCUGACGUCGUGUGGAUGGAUCAAUAGUUUCACUGGCGCCUGGGAAGCGAUAAAAGGCAUGUCGUGUUUGGCAAAUGCCGCUUCUGAAUAUACACUUUGCAUGGAGCUGUCCAGAUGAU